CAUAACGGCAACAUGGAUUUAGUUUAGCGAAUUGCGAAUGGAUUGGUCUUCGUGGGCUUCCAUACAACAAAAGCCCCAGACGAGCAGCUGUUGUUGCGAUGUUUCCCAGCGUCUACUCGCACCACUCCUCUACUUAAAUUACUUUUCUGGAUCCCUGGAGAAAGUUAUUAGUAUCACCGACGAGCGCUGCGUAAUAUGGAGGCUGCUAUAAAGAUAAGCUCUGGCGCCACAAAAUGGGACAUUCGACAGAAAGUUUGGGACCAUAUCGAAGAAAAUAACCUCGCAAACUUCCCGAGGCCUGUUCACAACCGUAUUCCCAAUUUCAAGGGUGCAGUUGAAGCUUGUGACAGGCUGACGGCCCUUGAGGAAUUCAAGUCUAGCCAGACCGUCAAAGUUAACCCUGACAGACCGCAGCAGCAGGCACGCUUUGUCACACUGGACGCAAAGAAAACGCUGUUGGUUCCCACCCCCCGCCUUCGCGCCGGUCUCUUCAACAAGAUCACCCCCCCUGAGGGGGCCAGCAAAGAGCAGCUGCGUGUGUGCUCCACAUCCCAGGGCGUGAAGGAGUUCAGCGUGCCCGUUGGCCUGGACGCCAAGGUGAAGGUGGACCUGGUUGUGGUUGGCUCUGUGGCCGUCUCUGAGAAAGGUUAUCGAAUAGGGAAAGGAGAGGGCUAUGCAGACAUGGAGUACGGCAUGAUGGUCUCGAUGGGAGCUGUGACGGAGUCCACUGUGGUGAUUACGAUCGUCCACGACUGUCAGGUUGUGGACUUCUCAGAGGAACUGGUCGAACCGCACGACCUCACUGUGGACUACAUCCUCACCCCCACUAGGGUCAUCAAGACCGACUGCCUCCUCCCCAAACCCGAGGGGAUCAUCUGGGCAAAGCUCAACAAGUACAUGCUGGAGAAGAUCCCCGUCCUGAAGAAGCUGCGGGCCCUGGAGCUUGCGGCCGGCAAGGAGGUGGUCCUGGGGCCCGAGCCCCCCGUGGAGCCCGGGAGGGGCCCCAGAGGCGGAGACCCCCAGGGCGACGGCCUGAAGCCCCGGAGGAAUGGCAGGCCGCGGCCGCGGCGGAACACCCAGCGGGACUCCGACGGGGAGCCCAGACGGGAGGGCCCCGGGCGGGACGGCCCCGGGGGCAACGAGGAGGCCGUGCCGAGGCCCCGACGCCGGCCGGCUCGGGUGCGGAGGGAAGGGGGCCGAGGGGACAACCAGGCCAACGGCAGCGAGGAGGGCCGGGAGAAAGGGAGAGGGGAGCGCCGGGGACGGAGCUGGAGGGGCAGCGCGGGAGAGGGCGGGAGGAAGGGGAAAGAGGGGGAGGAGGGGGAGGAGGGCAUGGAGGGCGACCACGGCCCCCCGUCCAACGUGACCACGGUGUAUCUGGGGGGCAUCCCCGCAGGCCUGCGGGUCAGCGAGUUGAAGACGGCGCUGCGGGAGAAGGAGGCGCUCCCGCUGAGGCUCACCUGGCAGGGGGCUCAGCACCGGGCCUUCCUGGACUACGGGGACCCCAACGCCGCAGACCAGGCCAUGGAGGCCCUCCAGGGGCUCUCCCUGAACGGCCAGAGCCUGCAUGCCGAGCUGGCCAAGAACCAGCGGGGGGGCCGGAGGGCUGGCCCCUCCAGGAGCCGACCCCGGUCCAGGCCGGACUCCGGCACCAAGGCCGAGCCCAACGAGGAUUCUGGGGAGCCUCAGAAGGAGGUGGUGGUGGAGUAGACGGAGGUCCCCUCUGGGUUCUGGGGUUGGGGGGAUAAACAGGUGUUUUGUAGGACUCGUGUUAUCUGAGCCUCUGUAUUAACUGCCAAUUGUGAUAGGUAUAACAAACUGAUUGUGCAUUUCAGCGUUGCUUUAGAGUUAUGUUGGCUUAUUAGCAGUGUUUUCGUUUCGACUCGCCGACACGCACGUGGACCUGUUGGUCUGCGUGUGUGCAUCUUUGGGCAGAGUUGUCAUAUUUUUUUCCCCUUCUUUAAAGUGUUUUAAUACAUUGUGUUAGGACCGUGCGUGACUGAGUGGAGUUAAGUUCUUAGUCACGCCGGGGAUAACUGUUGAGAUAAGCUAAUCCGAACGGCCGAAAUUGAGCAAAUAACAGAGAAAAAACCCAGACUUCUCCAUCCAUUUCUGAGAUUGAAGGAGUGUUAUUAGUGUAUAUAUAUUUAUAUAUACUAAAUAACGACCUUCUAACAACUGUUUUUGGCUCUUGACUGAAAUAUUGAUAGGUCUUGCAUGUAAAACAAUGUUGUGUAUUGUAAACAUAUGCAUUAUUUUGUAUUCUAAUUAAACAUUUACGAACUUCAAAAGAAA